UAUAUAUAUGACUGGUCCUGCAUAUGCAUCUGAUAUCAGCACCAAUUAAAGAAGAAAUAUGGGAAAUGAAGGUAUUAUGAAUGGUGUUACCCCCGGGAAGGCUACCAUAUUAGCUCUUGGCAAGGCUUUCCCUCAUCAGCUUGUCAUGCAAGAGUAUUUAGUUGAUGGAUAUUUCAGGGACACAAACUGUGACAGUCCUGAACUCAAGCAGAAGCUCACUAGACUUUGCAAGACAACCACAGUGAAAACAAGGUAUGUGGUAAUGUCAGAGGAGAUACUGAAAAAGUAUCCAGAACUUGCGGCUGAAGGCAUCCCCACAGUAAAGCAACGACUAGAGAUAUGCAAUGAGGCAGUGACAGAAAUGGCCAUUGAAGCUUCCCAAGCUUGCAUCAACAACUGGGGUGGAUCUUUAUCAGACAUAACACACUUAGUUUAUGUGUCAUCCAGUGAAGCUAGAUUACCCGGUGGUGACCUUUACCUAGCCAAAGGACUAGGACUGAGCCCUGAUACUCAACGAGUCAUGCUCUAUUUUGCUGGUUGUUCGGGAGGCGUGGCCGGCUUACGUGUUGCGAAAGACAUAGCUGAGAACAACCCUGGAAGCCGAGUGCUGAUUGCUACCUCAGAAACUACAAUUAUUGGGUUCAAGCCACCAAGUGCAGAUAGACCUUAUGAUCUAGUUGGGGUGGCACUCUUUGGGGAUGGUGCUGGUGCAAUGAUAAUUGGCUCAGACCCAAUAUUGGAGUCUGAGAAGCCUCUCUUUGAGCUUCACACUGCAGUUCAGGAGUUUUUGCCACACACUGAGAAGAAAAUAGAUGGGAGGCUGACAGAAGAAGGAAUAAGCUUCAAGUUAGCAAGGGAACUUCCUCAAAUAAUUGAAGACAAUGUUGAAGGAUUCUGUGACAAGUUAAUAAGUGUUGUUGGGUUUGAGAACAAGGAGUACAACAAGAUGUUUUGGGCUGUUCAUCCGGGGGGUCCUGCCAUCUUGAACCGCAUUGAAAAGAGGCUUGAUUUGUUGCCAGAGAAGCUGAGUGCAAGUAGAAGGGCUCUCAUGGAUUAUGGCAAUGCUAGCAGUAACACCAUUGUGUAUGUGCUUGAGUAUAUGAUAGAGGAAGGUCUCAAGAUUAGAAAGGAUGCCAGAGGAGAUCUUGAAUGGGGCUUAAUACUUGCUUUUGGACCAGGGAUUACAUUUGAGGGAAUUCUUGCCAGGAACUUGUGUGCUUGAUGAUAUUAUUAUCACAAGAUGUGUUUAUGUGAUACGU